UCUCUCUGUGCGCUGCAAAUAGCUGCCUUUGGUCGUUUACACAUUACCUUAUUUGAGCUGCCAAAGGCCAAUUUCCUUUCAAGAGAGUAUUCAGUAUGGAAAAGCUCAACCUUGUUAGAGAUGGAAUGAUCAGAUUGCCUCCUGGUUUUCGUUUCCAACCAACUGAUGAAGAGCUUGUCUUUCAGUACCUUAAACGCAAAAUCCUUUCAUGGCCAUUGCCUGCUUCAGUCAUUCACGAGGUCAAUGUCUGCAAGUAUGAUCCCUGGGAGUUGCCAGGUGAUAUGGAGCAAGAAAGAUACUUCUUCAGCAACAAGGAGACCAAGUAUCCAAAUGGAAAUAGAGUCAAUAGGAGUAGUGCUUCAGGUUAUUGGAAAGCAACUGGCUUAGACAAACAAAUUAUUUCUUCGAGCUGGAAGAAUAACCAUGUUGUGGGGAUGAAGAAGACUCUUGUUUUUUAUAGAGGGAAGGCGACACAUGGGUCUAGAACUGAUUGGGUCAUGCAUGAAUAUCGCCUUGUUAAUGCAGGAGAAGAAACUACAGAUUGCAAUUUUCCACAGACACAGAAUUCAGCCCAGAAUUCUUCUUAUCAACUGGAUAAAUGGGUCGUAUGCCGAGUAUUCCUGAAAAACAAAGGCGGAACAAGAAAUGAGAUAAUUGAAACUUGUACAAAUAACAAUGCUAGGCGAACUCAGCCAAGAUUUUUUGAUUCUAUGGCGAGAGAUGAGGUUGUUUUUUAUUCAGUUUCAUCUUCUUCAUCGUCAUCUUCGAACUCUAGCAGUAUAACUGAUAUCUCUUCAAAUGAAGAAGAUGAUGAGCAAAACAGUAGCCACAAUUUCUUUUGAACAUAUUAUGUCAAGAAUCAUAGGCAUCCAUGUUUUUUUCAUUAUCUUUGUAUCUCCUGUCUUCAGUUUGUUAAAGGUGUUGUAAUACAUUUUUAA